ACCCAAUUUCUAAUUUUACGUGGCAGUGAAACUAGCAGACAAGCACUCACGCCUUGAUGACGCUCUCUCUCUCUCUCUCUUUCUCUCGUGCAUUUCCAAUGCUAUUAAAACGUUAGUUCUCUCCUCCUUCCCUUCCGUCUCUGUGAUUUCCGACUAGCUUUCAGGCACAUCUAGCCGGAAUCUCGUCGGGAAACAAAGAACCAGUAAAGUCUCCACUUGUCAGUCUUUUAUACUCUUUUUUUUCCUCCAAGGAUUACUCAUUACCAUACAAAUCAAGUGGCGUAUUGUGUUGAACCUUAAAUCUCUCCCUGAAGGGGUUGUUUAAGUGGUUUUGGUGAAUUGGGGGGAAGAAUGUUAAAAAUGUGUCAGCCAGAGUACUCUGUUAAAGAGUGGGAGGUGAAAGUCAAGCUUUUUGGAGAUGGAAAGGUUGAGAAGUUGAAGAAAUCGAUGGUUUCAAGGUCUCCAAUGAAGCUAUGGAUUUUAAGGGCAAUCACAACAGCCCUGCUAUGGACAUGUGUAGUACAGUUGAUGGCAUUCGGAGAGAUGUGGAGGCCGAGAUUGUUGAAGGGUUGGCCUCCUUGUUUUAUUCGUCCUGAAGUCGAGCUACCUUCUGUUCCUGCCAAAGUUGUUCUUCCUCCAAAGAGAGUUUAUAAGAAUAAUGGGUAUCUUAUGGUUUCCUGCAAUGGUGGGCUCAACCAAAUGCGAGCAGCAAUAUGUGACAUGGUUGCUAUUGCUAGAUAUCUAAAUGUGACUCUCAUUGUUCCAGAGUUGGAUAAAACCUCAUUCUGGAAUGAUCCCAGUGAGUUCCAAGACAUAUUUGAUGUUCAUCAUUUCAUCACUUCCUUGAGAGAUGAGGUUCGAAUAUUGAAAGAGCUACCGCCUAGGGUAAAACGUCGAGUUGAAUCAGGAAUAUUCUACUCAUUGCCACCAGUUAGUUGGUCAAACAUAUCUUACUACCUCCAUCAGAUUCUACCUUUGGUGCAAAAGUACAAAGUUGUACAUUUGAAUAAAACUGAUGCUCGUCUUGCUAAUAAUGGGCUACCCCUUGAGAUUCAAAAGUUGCGGUGCCGUGUAAAUUUUAAUGCUCUGAGAUUUACAUCACAGAUAGAGGAAUUGGGUAGACGGGUUGUUAGGAUUUUAAGGGAGAAAGGCCCCUUCCUGGUCCUUCAUCUCAGAUAUGAAAUGGAUAUGUUGGCUUUCUCUGGCUGCAUUCAAGGUUGCAACAGUGGAGAGGUUGAGGAACUGACAAGAAUGAGAUAUGCUUACCCCUGGUGGAAAGAAAAAGUUAUAAAUUCUGAAAUGAAAAGGAAAGAAGGUCUGUGUCCUUUGACACCUGAGGAAACUGCAUUUGUGUUGAGUGCACUGGGCAUUGAUCGUAAUGUUCAAAUUUAUAUAGCUGCUGGUGAAAUUUAUGGUGGAGAAAAAAGAAUGAAGAGUUUGGCAGCAACAUUCCCUAAUUUGGUUAGGAAAGAAACUCUGCUGGGACCAUCAGAUUUGAUGUUUUUCCAGAACCACUCAUCCCAGAUGGCAGCAUUGGAUUAUCUCGUCUCCCUGGAGGGUGACGUAUUUGUACCUACAUAUGAUGGCAAUAUGGCUAAAGUUGUUGAAGGCCAUCGCAGAUUUUUAGGAUUCAAGAAGACUAUUUCACUGGACAGAAAGCUUCUAGUUGGUUUAAUAGAUCAAUACAAAAAGGGAUCAUUGAGUUGGGAUGAGUUCUCUACCACUGUGAAGGAAGUUCAUGCUGAUCGGAUGGGAAGUCCAAAGACCAGAGUUGUCAUCGCAGAAAAACCAAAGGAAGAAGAUUAUUUCUACGCCAAUCCACAUGAGUGUUUGCAACUGUUAGAUAAACCAUUGACUAGCACAUGGACCUAGUUGUCCCAAAGAGAUGGUUAUCCUUAUACUCAGUGCCUACAUGUAUUUAUCAGAGGAAAAUGGCCUCAUUUUUUCACAUGGAGGCUUAAGUACAGAGUAUUUCAUUUCUGUUUGUGAUCGGAGGAACGAGAGGCCUAAGCCUUGAUCUUCUCAAGCAGCAUCACUAAAAUAUUUAUGGCUAUUGAUUUUUGAAUAACCAGAAUGUUUAUAGGGUGGAAAAAUGUGCUCAUUGUCAAGGCCUAAUAUGCAAAGAAGGAUAAUAGAAAAUUUCCCCAGAUGGGGAGAGUUAGGAUUUUAUUGUGUAAUCCUUCUCCAUAUAUCCUUCACUGUUAUGAUUUUUUCAGCAUCAAAUGUAAUGAAAUAUUUACGCA